UUGGCACUAUUGGCCGUGACAGUGCGACAUUACCACCAGCUGUGUUGUCUACAACAUCAGGUGGGAAAGAUGAUGAUUCAUUGCCAGAAACUGCAUCCUUAACGUCACAGAGUUCGCAUAACUUAUCUACUGAUUCUGCUCUGGCAGCAGCACAGAAAUAUCCUAAAAAUGACAGAGAAGGAACAUCAAAAAUUUCUCAGUCAUUUGAAAAAGAUGAAGCGUCACAGUCAUUACUAGUUACUGUUCCUUUGCAAGAGCCGGACGUAAUAGCAAGCACAAAGAACACAAACACUUGUAAUAACAUUAAUGGGAAGAGCUUUGAUGGAGGUCUAGAAUCAUCUGUCCCGGUUCCAGUUGCGCCGCCAAGACGAAAGAAGAAAAGUAAACCCCAGACACCAAGAAAUCUCACUCCACCACCACCCACAGAAGAAGCAUAUCCACAGUCAUCACCUCUUCCAAGCCCAGCCAGCACAAUUGAGUCAUUGACGCGAGAGUUUGAACAUUCAUUAGACAUUAGGUCUGCAACCAAAGGGCAGUAUGUGGUGAAACCACAAGAUGAAGACCGUGCAAAAGCAGAAGGUCCAUCAUCUGAAGAGCUUGAGCGAUUGGAAAGACUUAAGGCUGAGCUCUUAAGUGCUAAUUCAAGUCAGGCAUCUGGAAGUCCAGUAGGCUCUAUCAGUAGCAGCAGCAUUGGUCGUACAAGUGGGGGCACUCGUAAGAAAGGGCUGAGUCCAAGAGGUUCAAAAGAGAGAAGGCGAUCAGCUGGUGAUGAACAAGGAAUGAUGUCACAGUUAAAUAUGCUUGUGAGAACACGAACUGACUCUGGAAAACAGCUUAGUGAUUUGGAAAUCUUGGAACAAGUAACAGUUCUUAACCUGGAUACAGGAGAACGUGUGCCACUAAGUAUAGCUGAGGACAAGUUACCCCAGUGCAUCAACCCACUCUCCUUGCAUAUUAUGCGGCUCACAUCUGAGUAUGUGAGCAACUCAAGUUUGGAGAAGGGGGAAAAGGAAUCAGAUGAGGAGAGUGUGGAUAGUAAGAAAUUGGAAGUACCAUCUGGUGAGGAGGUUGAUGUUAAUAAAAUAAGUCGUGCAGCGCAGCUGAAAAAGAUUUUUGGUUCAAAGUUGAAGAAGACAAUGAACAAGGCAAAAUCAAUUGCUCAGGAAGUCUCCCAUGCUCGUCACAAGGAAGAUGUAAUGGAUAUUGUGGAUGAUGUUUAUCCCGGGGAGCAAUAUAUUAAGUUAAAAGCAUCAGGAAGUCAUAAGGGCCCUUAUGAAUUUGAUAGCUUGCAGCAUGUUCAGGAUCUUGUUGGAGAGCAUGUUGGUCCAGUUUGGUGCAUGAAAUUCUCUUCCUGUGGGCGGCUUCUGGCUACAGCUGGUCAGGAUCAAGUUCUGCGCAUAUGGGUAGUCCGAAAUGCCUUUGCCUACUUCCAGGUAAUUAUAUGAUUAUGUGUUUGACUUUAUAAUCUUUCUUAUACUGGGUGUCCCAGGAGGAAAGGUCAAUAUUCAGGGAGGUGAUAGUAUUGGUCAUUGUCAUUCUAAUUCACCUAGGUCACUGUGCAGCUAUAAAGCUUUCCUUGUAGCAUACAAGCUUUUGUAAGCUAUUUGCAUACACUCAUUCUAUCAGCUGUCCUAAUGUAUCCAAUCCAUUCUUAUACUGUUAUUAAAAAAAAAAAUUAGAAUCUGAAUGCACUUUGGUGCAUAGUUGGUGCACUGCCGUGAUAUUCUAUGGAUAGUUACGCAAGUUUUAGGUGACAUCAGAAUUUCCAGAUCCCUGUGUUCCAGUAAUUGUUGAAUCGUGUUUGUUUUGUAUGCAUAUUUCUUGUCUCAUACAACAGGUGAUCUUAUUUGAAUAGAAAUAAAAGUAAAAAGUCUCACUCUAGUCACACAAUAUCCUCUUCUUCAUCACCGUCUUCUUUUUGUUGU